AUGCCCUCCACCCCGGGAAGGAGAACGACGCGACCCACUUUGUAUCACUACUCGCUGGGUGUUCCGGGCCCCGGCUGCAUCCUUUCUCUCAGUGGCCAGCAAGAGGUCGGUGCAAGGCAAUUGCAACCUUCGAAUCAACGUGUGCACAACUUCCCAGGUUCCAGUUCCCAGUGGCCCACACCAGUUUCCCAUACCAGAAUCCAGUGUCCGGUACUUGUCUCCAUGUACCUUUGCCCGUCCCGUCCAAUGUAUCUUUUUCCUACCGGGCUUGCUCUUGCCUGUAUCCGUACCGUCGCGACGACAGCAGGUGCUCCCCCAGGCAUUCAAAACUAUCGCCGCGCCCACAUCGCCGUGCACCUAUCGACUCUCCGAAGUCUGCUAGACGUGCCUCAUCUCGGGAAUCCCUGGGAAGAGACUCUAGACCAACUCUCCGCUUAUUCCUUUGUAAACUUGCUUUCUGGGUCGUGUAGCAACACGUCUACUACGCCUCUCACUCUCUCCUCUCACUCCCGUCCUCGCCAGCAGAUCAAGUCAUCUCGGCCACCCUCGGUCACGUUACUCAUCGAGCAUCACCGCAACACAUCAUCAUCAUCAUCCUCAACAACACACGACAACCGCCUGACCCUCGCCAUUCCUAGGCUUCCUUAUCGGAUUAAGGCUUCAAUAGAGUCAUACGCCUUUCUCAUCAUCACCCAACGGACCCUCUGCUGCCUACCUGCCUACCAGCGUUUUCACGCAAGCUCCUUGUCUCUCACACUCACACGACGAUUACGACUCAUCUUUCAACCUGGCUUCUCAUCAGCUGACCCAGCAUCUCCUUCGCCACACUCCUCUGUAGUCGCCAAGAGACAUCUUCAUCCGAGGGACUCAAAGCACUGCCUGCAAGCCCAGCACCAGCUAGCACGAACACGUCAAACGCCGCAAAAGUGGAUGAGAAGCAGCAUGAAGAGAGAGAAACAGAGAGACAACGCUACCUAUCCGGCCUGCCUGUCACUCUUCUCCCCUUUGCCUCUCCUGGUUCUCGAGAGCGAUCACGCACUCAACCGGACCACUCUUACCCACCCCCUGUCCACCCCCGGGGUCUCCUUCUCGGCCUUCCCUAGGCUGCCACUGCCACUGCCACCUUUUGCACCUCUCAAUCACUCUCUUUCCUUCCCGCGCGCACGCACUCACGCACUUUGCACUUUCCCCUUCUCCCCUGUUCACCCCCCUUCGCCACCCCAAACCCGAAAGAGUCAUCCACACCCAAUCUGGGGCCCUCGAGCCAGACUUGAGCCACCCAAGGGGUCCUCCGACUUCGUCACGCCAGGCCAAGUCGCCCCUCUGAACACGUUCGUUCGAGAUACCACGGGCGGCGCAAGGCGAAAAAGAGUCACACCUCAUCCCACCUGCUUGGAUAUAACCUCUCCUCGCAGCCACACUUGGCCCAGCGCCUUGCCUCCCCUCACCUCUCCCCUCACUCUACCCUUCCGACUCCGACUUCGCCUUCCUUUAAUCAACCUCACCAACUCUCCUCUCAACCCUUAG